CAGAACGAGGCGCUGCCUAGCAUUCCACAAACAAUUCUACGACUACGAGCAAGUGUUCGAAGAAUUUUAAACUGAAAAGAUUGGAUAUAUUUAAAGUGACAUAUGGUUGAACCAUAAGAAUGCAGCUUAAACAUAUGAAAAACUUGCUGUCCCCACAGGAUGGGGCAGCCAAAGUGUGUGUUAUUACCUGGUCACCAAACAACCAAAAGAUGGCAGUUUGUACAUCUGAUAGAGUAAUUUUACUGUUUGAUGAACAAGGAGAAAAAAGAGAUAAAUUUUCCCUGAAGCCUGCUGAUCCAAAGUAUGGGAAGAAAAGUUACACUGUGAAAGGUUUAGCAUUUUCUCCAGAUUCCACCAAGAUUGCUGUAGGACAAACUGAUAACAUAAUAUAUGUUUACAAAAUUGGAGAUGAUUGGGGCGAGAAAAAGGUGAUCUGUAAUAAGUUUGUUCAACAGAGUGCUGUGACAUGUAUGAUGUGGCCUCAUGAACAACCUAUUGUGUUUGGGCUGGCUGAUGGAAAGGUGAGAUCUGCUAAUAUAAAGACGAACAAGUCCUCCACUAUUUAUGGUACAGAUUCCUAUGUUGUAUCUCUAGCCGCUAAUCCUUCAGGAAAAGGUUUCCUGUCAGGCCAUGCUGAUGGUGCUAUUGUCAGAUAUUUCUUCGAUGAUGAAGGAUCUGGUGACACGCAGGGAAAGAUCAGCACUCAUCCAUGUCCACCUUAUGCCCUGGCUUUCUCCCAGAAUUCCAUAGUAGCAGCAGGUUGUGACAAGAGAAUUAUUGCUUAUGGACGUGAUGGACGAAGUUUUCAGCACUUUGAUUUCUCUCGUGAAGAUGAUGAACAUGAAUUUACUAUUGCUGUAUGUAGUCCAAGUGGCCAGUCGGUCGUUGUUGGCAGUUUUGACAGGUUGAGAGUUUUAAACUGGAGUCCAAGGAAACAAAUGUGGGACGAACCUAAAAACAAAGAUAUAAAAAAUCUGUACACUGUCACAGCUCUUGCCUGGAAGAAGGAUGGAUCCAGAGUUACUUGUGGUACAUUAUGUGGAGGUGUAGAGUUAUUUGAUUGUUGUCUAAAGAGAACCAUUUACAAGAACAAGUUUGAAAUGACACAUGUUGGACUUAGCCAGGUUAUUGUCAAGAAUAUGUCAAGUGGUCAAAGAGUUGUUUUAAAAUCUCAUUAUGGUUAUGAGAUUGAUGAAGUUAGAAUCAUGGGAAAAGACAGAUACCUUAUAGCUCAUACAUCAGAUACCAUCCUGCUUGGAGAUUUACAGAGUAACAAACUUAGUGAGGUUCCCUGGCAUACAUCUGGAGGAAAUGAAAAAUAUUACUUUGACAAUGAAAAUGUAUGCAUGAUCUUCAAUGCUGGGGAACUGGCAUUAAUUGAAUAUGGAUCCAAUGAAGUUCUGGGGUGUGUUAGAACUGAGUUCAUGAAUCCACAUUUAAUAAGUGUAAGAUUAAAUGAAAGAAAACAGAGAGGUGUUGAAGACAACAAAAAGAUAGCAUAUUUACUUGAUCUAAAAACUGUUGCUAUUGUUGAUCUACUGACUGGUGCAACAUUAGCACAGAUAACUCAUGAAUCCAAAAUUGACUGGUUAGAGUUGAAUGAGACUGGCAGAAAACUUCUGUUUAGAGACAAAAGACUUAGGCUGAACUUGAUUGACAUAGAAUCCCAAAACAGAACUACAAUUUUGAACUACUGUUCUUACGUCCAGUGGGUACCUGGAAGUGAUGUUGUUGUGGGCCAGAACAGAGGAAACUUAUGUGUUUGGUAUAACAUUGAUGCUCCGGAGAGAGUUACAAUGUUCCCCAUUAAGGGAGAUAUUGUAGAUUUAGAAAGAACUGAUGGUAAAACAGAAGUCCUGGUCAAUGAAGGUGUGUCUACAGUAUCUUAUACUCUGGAUGAAGGCUUGAUCGAGUUUGGUACAGCAAUUGAUGAUGGAGACUUUGAAAGAGCUGUAUCUUUCUUGGAAACUUUGGAGUUAUCUGCUGAAACAGAAGCUAUGUGGAAAACUCUAAGCAAGUUGGCCAUGGAAGAUCGACAGUUACAUAUAGCUGAAAGGUGUUACUCUGCCCUUGGAGAUAUAGCUAAAGCCAGGUACAUGAAAGAGACAUUUAGAAUUGCUGAAGACGUCCAGAAACAACAUGGUGGAGAUGGUUUUAACCACUAUAAAGUUAGAGCCAGAUUUGCUGUAAUGGAGAAGAAAUACAAAGAGGCAGAGAGCAUCUAUCUAGAACAGAAUCAUGUAGAUGAAGCCAUGGAAAUGUAUCAAGAAAUGCACAUGUGGGACGAAGCCAUAGAAGUAGCGGAAGCCAAGAUGCAUCCAGAAUUAGAGAAUCUGCAGCGUAAUUAUUACCAAUGGUUGAUGGACACUGGACAGGAAGAGAAAGCAGGAGAGUUGAAAGAAAAGGAUGAAGAUUAUUUGGCAGCCAUUAAUCUAUACAUGAAAUCUGGUCUGCCUGCAAGAGCUGCUCGACUUGCUACUAGUAGAGAGGAAUUAAUGAGUAAUGCUGACUUAAUUGGAAGAAUAGCAUCUGCUCUGAUUAAAUCUGAGUUGUAUGAGCGGGCUGGAGAUUUGUAUGAACAUAUCAGAGAUAAACAAAAGGCAAUGGAAUGCUACAAGAAGGGCAAUGCUUAUCUUCAAGCUGUCAAACUUGCCAGAGAAGCUUUCCCUGCAGAAGUUGUUAAACUUGAAGAGGAAUGGGGAAAUUAUUUGGUUUCACAGAAACAGUUAGAUUCUGCUAUCAACCACUACAUAGAGGCUGGAGCUAACAUGAAAGCUGUUGAUGCUGCCAUUGAUUCUAGACAAUGGUCAAAGGCUGUACAAAUCCUGGAGCUACAAGAUUCAACCAUGUCAUCCAAAUAUUACAAGAAAAUUGCUGAUCACUAUGCUUCUAUUGGAGAUUAUGAGAUGGCAGAGAAGUUAUAUGUAGAAGCUGGCAGUACGCGAGAGGCAGUAGACAUGUAUAACAAUGCUGGCAAGUGGGAUAUGGCACACAAGUUAGCUGCUACUUACAUGAAAUCUGAUGAUGUGUCAACACUGUAUAUCUCUCAGGCCAGACAGCUAGAGGAUGACAUGAAAUUCAAAGAUGCUGAAAAAUUGUACGUGUCUGUACAGGAACCAGAUAUGGCCAUUACUAUGUACAAGAAACAUAAGAUGUAUUCUGAUAUGAUCCGUCUGGUGAAAACCUACCACCCUGACCUUCUACAAGAUACACAUCUUCAUCUGGCUGUGGAACUACAAAGUGAAGGAAAUCUGAGACAAGCAGAACAUCACUUUGUAGAAGGGGGAGACUGGAAGGCAGCAGUAAAUAUGUACAGAUCACAGGAUAUGUGGGAUGAAUCUCAUAGGGUUGCCAAAAGUGCUGGUGGAGCAACAGCAGCCAAACAGGUGGCUUAUCUAUGGGCAAAGAGUCUGGGAGGAGAUUCUGCUGUCAAACUUCUCAAUAAGUUUGGGUUGGUGGAAGCUGCCAUUGAUUAUGCUAGUGAAAAUUGUGCAUUUGAAUUUGCCUUUGAACUUGCUCGCCUAGCAAUGAAGAACAAGUUACCUGAUAUCCACCUGAAAUAUGCCAUGUAUCUUGAAGAUGAAGGAAAAUUCCAGGAAGCUGAAGAUGAAUUUAUUAAGGCAGCCAAACCAAAAGAAGCUGUUCUCAUGUAUGUUCACAACCAAGACUGGGAUUCAGCACAGAGGGUGGCAGAGAGUCAUGAUUCUGACUCAGUGUCCGAUGUAUUGGUCGGUCAGGCAAGGUUUGCUUUUGAAGAGAAGGAGUAUGCCAAGGCUGAGUCAUAUCUACUGAGGGCACAGAGGCCUGAACUUGCUGUCAAAUAUUACAGAGAAUCUGGCAUGUGGCAGGAUGCUUUACGAGUGUGUAAAGAAUAUGUUCCCCACAAAUUACAACAAUUACAGGAUGAAUAUGACAGAGAGAUGACAUCCAGCUCUACUAGUGGAUUAGAGGCAAUGAUACAACAGGCCAGAGAAUGGGAAUCAUCUGGAGAAUAUGCCAGAGCUGUGGAAUGUUACAUGAAGGUCACUCCCAAACUCACCAGUGAUUUAACUGUCAUGGAAAAAUGCUGGAUGAAGGCUGCAGAAAUAUCUAUAAAGUUCCUUGGAAAUGAAAGAGCACAAGCUGUUGUAGAAAAUGUUGCUCCUAAAAUGGGAGAACAUAGAAAGUUUAGCCAGGCAGCCGAGUUAUACCUCACAGUUGACCUGAUUAAAGAGGCUAUAGACAUGUUUAUAACAGGAGACGAAUGGAACAAGGCCAAGAAGGUGGCAAAGGAAUUAGAACCAAGAUUAGAACAGUAUGUUGAUGAAAGAUACAAGAACCAGUUGAAGGAUCAAGGAAAGGCUGAUGUGCUUGCUAAUGUAGAUGUGGUUGGUGCAUUAGAUAUGUAUGUGGAGAAAGGGGAAUGGGAGAAAUGUCUGGAAACAGCUGCUAAACAGAGUACCAAAGUUCUACACAAAUAUGCUGCUCUGUAUGCCACUCACCUGAUCAAGAAUGGAGAUAGUAGACAAGCUCUGGAUGUGUACGUUCGAUAUGGAGCUCCAGCAUUCCAACAGAAUUUUAACAUAUAUAAGAGGAUAUUUAGUGACAUCAUAAAUUCCAGAGAUUUAAACCGUCCAGAAGCUUACAAAAUUUGGGCAGAUCUUAGAGAUGUGAUGUUUGAUCUGUGUGAAAACAUGUCUAAGUCAUCUGAUGCUAACUCGCCACCUCAUCAGGAGUUUGAGUCAAUGUUACUCAUAGCACAUUAUUACGCCAAUAGAUCAGCAGCAAUGGCCCAGAAAUCUCUGGAUUCUAUUGCUGCUAAGUUAUCUGUCUCACUACUCAGACAUACAGAUGUUAUACCAGCUGACAAGGCUUUCUUUGAGGCAGGAAUGAUGGCAAGAGCACUAGGUUGGGAGAAUAUGGCAUUUGUGUUCCUGAACAGAUAUCUAGAUAUAUCAGAGGCUAUAGAAGAAGGAUCAUUAGAUAUGUUGGACCACAGUGAUUUCCAGGAUACAGAUAUACCAUUUGAAAUUCCACUACCAGAGAAAGCUCAUCUCACGAGUCAGCAGCAUGAGGAGGUUAAAGAAUGGGUCCUUGCUGUUUCUAUGGAUCAGAAAGUGGAACAGAUUCUCCCUAGGGAUGAGAGAAAUUGUUACGAGGCCUCCCUUUUAGCUCCAGAUACUGGUGUUAAGUCACUACCAUGUGUCAUAACAGGUUAUCCAGUACUAAGAAACCAAAUGGAUUUCAAAACCCCUGGACAUGUAGCAAACAAAGAUGAUUGGAAUAAGUUCCUUAUGGCAACAAAGGUUUCCCACAGUACAGAACUACAGGACGUAUUGAAGUUUGUUGGAGCGUGGUGUGGUGCUACACCUAAUCCUAGUUAUUCAUUCCAAUAGACAAUACAAAACACAUUAACUGUUUGUGAUGAUUAAAUUAUUUGUUAUCAGUGUUAUAUGUUAAGAACUCUCCGUCCUAAAAAUAAAUACAUUUUUAUGAUAAAUAUAUGUGAUAUGGUUAUGCUAUUAAACAAAAUUUAUGUGAA